AUGUAUAUGGGCUUUAAUUCAGAUUUGGUUCCUACAACAGGCUACGUUAAAUAUACGAAAGGACUGAGUGAUGCACCUAAAUAUAUAGACUGGAGAGAUUAUGGCUACGUUACAGCAGUGAAGAACCAAUUAGGCUGUGGUUCUUGUUACAUUUUUAGUGCUAUUGGGCAUAUAGAAGGGAUAUACGCCAAGAAGCACAAUAUACCAGCGAUAAGUUUAUCAGAGGAGCAGGUACUUGACUGUGAUCCGUACGAUUUAGGCUGCUUUGGAGGAUAUCCUCACGGUGUCUUCGAGGUCCUCGGGCUUAUGGAGGACUCCAACUGCUACCUAAUAAAACAAGAGGGCUUAAUGCGAGAAGAUGAUUAUCCUUAUGAAGGCAUGCAAGGAGACUGUAUGUUUGACAGUAGCAAAAUGAUUGUUAAUGUGACGGGAAGCAAAUUUUUUUGGGAUCUCUCAGAAGAGGAUAUGAAAGACGCAGUAGCUAAUCAGGGUCCCAUAUCAAUUGCUAUGGAAUUUACGGUAAAAAUGUUUUAUAUAAAAACUGGAAGGGUUUACAAGCCUACAUCCCACGACUGCACACAUAAAUUUCUAAACCACGCUGUACUCAUAGUUGGAUAUGGAAGAGAUAACGAUGAUGAUUACUGGAUAAUCAAGAACUCCUGGGGCACUCAUUGGGGCGAUAGGGGAUAUAUGCGUAUUGUGAGAGGAUCUAAUGCGUGCCUUAUAGGAAAAGCAGUUCACAUGGGCACCACCGAGUACGGCCCUUCCGGCCCCCUCCAUGCAUGCGACAGCCCAAGCCGAGGUUCGUGA